AUCUUCCUGAAUAAGCACAUCCUCGUCGACAUCGACUUUCCCUACGGCAGCUUCCUGUCGCUCAUGGGUCUGUGCCUGUCGACGUGCCUGAGCGGCGGCGCGCUCUACGCCGGGCUGGCGUCGUCGGAGCAGCUCGCGGGCAUGACGCCGUCGUUCUACGCGACGCGCGUCGGCCCCAUCGGCGCCGCGCUCGCGCUGUGUUUGACGACGGGCAACGUCGCGUACCUCUACAACAGCGUCGCCUUCGUGCAGAUCUUGAAGGCCUUCGCGCCCGUGGUGCUGAUGGUCCUAUUGUUCGUGAGCCGCCUCGAGCGGCCGAGCGCGGUUCUGGUAUUGUCGAUCCUGAUCAUCUCCGCGGGCACGGCCGUCGCCGUCCAGGGCGAGGUCCACAUGUCCGCGUACGGCGUCGCGGUCAUGCUCGCGUCCGAGGUCUUCGAGGCCAUCAAGCUCAUCACGAUGCAGAUCCUCCUCGUGGACCGCAAGUUUGGGUCCGUCGAGGGGCUCUUCGUCAUGGGGCCCGCGGCGAUCGUCGCGCUCGCGAUCACGUCGCUCCUGCUCGAGGACGUGGGCGACGCCUGCGCCAAGGUCGCCGCGAACCCGCUGCCCUUCGUGGCGGCGAGCAUGGGCGGCGUCGUCGUCAACCUCGCGACGAAUUUGAUGGUCCAGGCGACGUCCGCGCUCACACUGCGGAUCACGUCGCUCGUCCGCAAUUUUGGCGUCGUCAUCGUGUCGACCUGGGUCGUCGGCGACUCCCACAUCACGGACCAGGAGUACGCCGGCUUCUUCUUCUCCGUGCUCGGCGUCGCCAUGUACCAGCAC